AUGGAGGAUCUUCUCAAUUCAACUGAAUUAGAUCCAUGUCAGAUGUGUCAGAGGGGCAUGCGAAUGGCAAAGGAAUUUUCUCUACAGGCACCUGAGUACCUCUCUGGUGUCCUGAGAGAACUCUGUGCCAAAUAUUCAUUCAGGCGAUUGGAUGCCUGUGCAGGUCUGAUGGAGCGCCUUAGUGAACAGUUGGUGGGGAUUUUCUCAGAGAUGAACCUAGAGGGAUCAGAUGGAUAUUAUGCCUGUGCCUAUUCUUUCCCAGGAUCAUGUCCAGUGCCUUUGCACCAACCUGCAGACAUAGCCUUCCCAAAAGCUAAACCUGUCAAUGCUGUGCAACCAGCGCCCAGUGGACAGACCAUCCAAGUCCUCCAUUUUUCAGACUGGCAUCUGGAUCCCUUGUAUAAAGUAGGGUCAGAAGCAAAAUGCAGUCACAACAUUUGUUGUCGUGACUAUGGUUCCUGGAACGAUCCAGGGCCGAUCAAGAAACGAGCAUCGAAAUGGGGGGACGGUAAAUGUGAUACGCCCAUUGCACUAGGACUGAACACUCUGGAGACGAUUCCCAAGUUUGUGCCCAAUGCGAGCUUUGGAUUGUUUACUGGCGAUAUUGUGAGCCAUGAUGCUUGGAUGAUCAGUGAAAAGUAUGUGGCGGACGAGGAAAUCAGGAGCUAUGAGCUUUUCAAGAAGUAUCUCCAAGAUCUAAAGUUGUAUGUUGCUAUGGGCAACCACGACUCGUACCCUAGUGAUCAGGCUCCUGGACGACAAAGGCCGGACUCUUAUAUUACUCAUAAAUGGUUAUAUGAUCAUGUGGCAGGGAUCUGGGAAAAGAAUAAUUGGAUCACAUCUAUUGAAGCUGAAUACGCCCGCUCACACAACGCCAUGUUUAUGACAAGGCCUAUGGAUGGCCUCAAAUUGAUCACCUUAAAUACAGAUUUAUAUUAUGUCCGCAACUUCUUCACUAUGCUGGACACCAACUUGGAUGAUCCCAGCGGGAUGCUUCAUGAUCUGGUUCUAGAACUUCAAGACAGCGAGGAUCGUGGUGAACGAGUCUGGAUCAUGGGACACAUGGCACCUAUCACCAGGUCAUUACCUCGCUCUUCUUUGCUCUUUCAAAAGAUUGUUGCUCGAUAUUCUCCGCAUGUGAUUGCAGGAAUCUUUACAGGUCAUUAUCAUCAGGACAAGUUUAUUGUCGUUCAUGACCCAGAUGCGCUUGAACAGACCGAAGAGUCUGCUCUCAAUGUCAUCUAUCAGGGCCCAAGUGUCACUCCACUUGAUAGAUCCAAUCCUGCUAUUCGCUGGUAUGAUGUCGAUGCAAAGACAUUUUCAAUCCUAAAUACGCAUACAGCUGUAGCAGAUAUCAUUGGGCAAGGAGCUUAUUGGGAGGCUAAUGACAUGGAGCCAGAAUGGAAGCACGAAUAUUCAGCCAGAGAAACGUAUGCUGAUCCAGCGGACCCACUUGAUCCAGAAGAUCCGUUGUCACCAGCGUUUUGGCACAGAACUGUAGAGAGAAUGAAGGAAGACCGCGAGUUGUUUAAGACUUAUUUGCAAUAUGAGUCCAAGUUAUCAGAAGAGGCAAAGCCGUGUCAUAAAGGGUCAGCUUGUGAGUAUGAAGCGUUGUGCCAGAUGCAAGCUUCGACAGUGGUUCAACACCAACAAUGCACAGAGGACGCAGAGACACUCAAAGGCACAAAGAACAAAAAGAAGCCUAAUAAGAAGAAGCCUUUUAGUGUCACCCGAGCUGGAAAGGAAGUCAUUGUGGGGGACUACGAUGAGGAACGUGGCUACAUUGAAGGACUAGGAGUGGAGAGAAGGGGUAUGUAG